AUGGGCGCUCAGUGGGGCGAUGAGGGCAAGGGCAAGCUCGUCGACGUCCUCGGUGCAGACUACGACAUCAUUGCCCGCUGCGCCGGAGGUUCCAACGCCGGCCACACGGUGAUCGUCGAGGGCAAGAAGUUCGCCUUCCACCUGAUGCCCUCUGGUAUCCUGCACGAGAGCGUCAUCUGCGUGCUGGGCAACGGCGUGGUCAUCCAUGUGCCCACCUUCUUCGACGAGGUCAAGAUCAAGAUCUCCGACCGGGCGCACCUGGUGUUCGAUUUCCACCAGGAGCUCGACGGCAAGCUCGAGGACGAGGCCAAGCGCGGUACCAAGGACCUCUCCAUCGGUACCACCAAGAAGGGCAUCGGACCGUGCUACACCGCCAAGAUCGCCCGCAUGGGUAUCCGCGUGGGCGACCUGGCCUUCCCGGCCAAGUUCGAGGAGAAGCUGACGGCCCUCGUCAACUACUACAAGCGGAUCUUCCCCGACAUGGCCCCCGUCGACAUCCCCAAGGAGGUCGCCAAGUACACGCAGGACUACUACGGCAGGAUCAAGCCGCUGAUCGUGGACACCGUGCACUACCUCAGCCAGGCCAUCAAGACCGGCAAGCGCGUGAUGGUCGAAGGUGCAAACGCGACCAUGCUCGACAUCGACUUCGGUACCUACCCCUACGUGACGUCGUCCAACGCUUCCAUCGGUGGCGCUUGCACCGGCCUCGGCCUGGCGCCCACCAAGAUCGGCGCCACCGUCGGUAUCAUCAAGGCCUACACGACCCGUGUGGGCGCUGGUCCGUUCCCCACAGAGCUGAAUGACGACCUCGGCGAGAAGCUGCGCGCCGAGGGACACGAGUUCGGCACCACCACUGGUCGUCCCCGCCGAUGCGGUUGGCUGGACAUUGUGGCCAUGCAGUACGCGCAGGCCAUCAACGACUUCACCAGCCUCAACCUCACCAAGCUCGACGUGCUUUCCUCGUUCGACGAGGUCAAGCUCGGCGUGGCCUACAAGGUUGACGGCGAGGUCCUCCCGUUCUUCCCCGCCAGCCUCGAGGUGCUGGGCAAGGUCGAGGUCGUGUACGAGACCUACCCCGGCUGGAAGUGCGACAUCACCAAGGCCAAGUCCUUCGAGGAGUUGCCCAAGGAAGCUCAGACCUACGUCAGACGUAUUGAGGAGCUUCUCGAGUGCCCCAUCGCCUGGAUCGGCGUGGGUCCCGGCCGUGAGGCGAUGGCGAUCAAGACGCCCCAGUGA